AUCACCAUCUCGGAGUAGGGCAGAUCACGAACAUCCUUCUAUGCUGCUAACCUUGCACAAAAACAGUUAUAUUUGUAGUCUGCAUGUUUAGAUCUAUAUGUUAGGUGCACGUAUAUAUCUUUAGUGUUAGAUUAUAUAGUUGUAAUUGUUGUAUCUUCGACCAAAGGAUAAGAAGAUGUCGGGGAAAGACAGGAUCGACGUAUUCCCCUCUAGAAUGGCUCAGACCAUUAUGAAGGCUCGUCUGAAAGGGGCUCAAACCGGACGCAAUCUGCUCAAGAAGAAGUCUGAUGCCCUCUCUAUGCGUUUCCGUCAGAUUCUACGCAAAAUCAUUGAAACUAAGACCAAAAUGGGAGAAGUGAUGAGGGAGGCUGCCUUUUCUUUGGCCGAGGCCAAGUUUGCUGCCGGAGACUUUAGCACUACUAUAAUCCAGAAUGUCAAUAAAGCCCAAGUGAAAGUCCGAGCCAAGAAGGACAAUGUUGCAGGUGUUACUCUGCCUGUUUUUGAGCACUACCAGGAGGGAGCAGACAGUUAUGAGUUGACUGGUUUGGCCCGAGGAGGAGAGCAGUUAUCUCGAUUGAAGAGGAACUAUGCCCGGGCCGUAGAGCUGCUCGUGGAGUUAGCCUCUUUACAGACUUCCUUUGUCACUCUGGAUGAGGCCAUAAAGAUCACCAAUCGACGUGUGAAUGCUAUCGAACAUGUGAUUAUUCCCAGAAUCGACCGCACACUCACCUACAUCAUCACAGAGCUGGACGAGCGGGAACGAGAGGAGUUCUACAGGCUGAAGAAGAUCCAGGAGAAGAAGAAGCAGCUGAGGGAGAGGACUGAGUUGGAGAUCGCUGCACGUUUGGCUAAGCUAGGUCCCAUUGCGGAGCCGGCUAACAUGCUAACGGAGGAGGCCGAUGAGGACCUGCUCUUUGAAUAAUAAUCCUACACCUCCAUACAGCUACAAUAUUUAUUCUGUGCCUCUCGGGCCACAUUCAUGUCUUCUCAUUCAACGUGAAGAAAGUUGUUUUUGUGUAUGUGUUUGAAUGUGUGGUUUAUUGUGUUGGAUACAUCGUCACUGUAAUUUUACAACUUAAAGGAGCUAUAUUACGCAAA